AUGUGCUUCAGAGGUGCAGAUCUGAUGUCUGUGAUCAGAAUGAAGGGUGCAGCUCUCAGCAUCAGUGUUUCUGUGGUGACAGUUUUCAUGUGCUCCUUGUGUCAUCACACACAAAACCAACAAGAGAUCCGGUCUUCAGCUGAUCUUCAGCCCAGUGGGUCUGUCGGGGGCUCGUGGGGUCCGUGGCAGGAGUGUUCACGCUCAUGUGGCGGUGGUCUUCAGAAACAGAGCCGAGUUUGUCUUCAGUCUUCAGGAAACCCGAAAUCGAACAGCGGCGGCAUCAGUCCGGGCAGGAAUCCAUACGUAACCUCUGUACAGACGUCUGACCUCAGACACACACGACCUCAUGAACACAGAACACAUCACAGUGACGAUCGCUCAAACACCCGUCAGCCAUCAGCCUCCAUCACAAACACCACCUGCCCUGGAGGAUCUCACCGACUCAAGAUCUGUAACAUCAUGUCUCAGGCCUGUCCGUCACGGAGCAGACCAAUCAGAGAGCUGCAAUGUUCAGUGUUAAACGCACGGUCCUUCAUGGGUCGACUGUAUGAAUGGGAGCCGUUCAGCGACGGUGAUGGUGAACACGGCUGUCAGCUUCACUGUCGUGCCGUCGGUUUCCGCUUUUACGUCCGUCAGUCUGAUGAUGUCAUCGAUGGAUCUUCAUGCGGUCAGAACCGCUCAUCUGUUUGUGUGGCGGGACGGUGUGAGAGAGUGGGCUGUGAUGAUGUGGUGGGUUCACAGAAGAUUGGGGACAGAUGUGGUGUUUGUGGGGGUGAUGGCGGAAGCUGUCAGCUGAUCUCAGGUCUGUUCCAGCACUCUCUCUCUAAAGUGGGCUAUCACAAGAUCAUCGACAUCCCACCAGGGGCCAGAAACAUCAACAUUACAGAGAUGAUGAAGAGCAGAAACUAUCUGGCUCUGCGCAGUCACUCUGGUCGAUCCAUUAUAAAUGGUAACUGGGCCAUUGACCGUCCAGGAGUGUUUGAGGGAGUGGGAACCAUGUUCACAUACAUGCGACCCAAUGAGAUCAGCAGCACGGCGGGAGAAUCAUUCCUGGCCGAAGGGCCGACCAAUGACAUCCUGCAGGUUUACAUGAUCUAUCAGCAGCCCAAUCCAGGAGUUCAUUAUGAGUUCCUCCUGCCAUCAGAAGAGCCUCCACUGAUGAAUGUCAUGAACGGACCGACGCCUUCUGAUCCCAACGGCCGGCAGAAUCCCACAGAGGAGCGUGAGAGGUCAGGUGUGCUCCAGAGUCCCUCAUCCGUCCUGAAUCAUGUCUUACCUGCUGCUCCACACACACACAGAGGAUAUAACUGGAAACUGACGGGCAGCAGCGACUGCAGCGCCUCCUGUGGCAGAGGUGUCAGGUACGGCGUGUUCAGCUGCGUCCAUCGCAUUACUCGCGUCCAGGUACAGAGUGAGCUGUGUGACCGCAGUACCAAACCCAACCACCAGGAGGAGCCGUGUAACAUUCGGCCCUGUCCCACAUUUUGGGACAUGGGCGAGUGGUCUGAGUGCAGUAGGACGUGUGGUCCGGGGUCACAACAUCGUCAGGUUCUGUGUCGUCAGCUUUACUCCAACAGAACUUUAACUGUACACGCCGGUGGAUGUCAUCAUCUGGAGCGACCGGAGACCAGCAGCACCUGUCAGCUGAAGAUCUGCAGCGAGUGGCACAUCCGCUCUGACUGGAGUCCUUGCUCUGUGCCGUGUGGUGUAGGUCAAAGGUCACGUCAGGUUGAGUGUGUUAGUGAUGUUGGUGAUGUGGUGGCAGAUGAGGACUGCAACAUGAAGCUCCGGCCCAGUGAUGUGGAGAACUGUGACGCCGGGCCGUCUACGAGGAGCUGGUUCUUCAGUGACUGGAGCUCUCAGUGUUCUGCCGAGUGUGGUGCGGGUGUGCAGACACGCAGCGUUGUGUGUUUCACCAAUCACAUCAGUGAUCUCCCGCUGGAGGGCUGUGGGUCCGAGCGCCCCCCAGAGGUCAAACCCUGUGACCACGGCCCGUGUGACAGCCGCACUGAGUGGUUUACUGGACCCUGGAGUCAGUGCUCAGCUGCGUGUGGCUCAGGCAGUCAGCAGAGGGCAGUCGUGUGUCUGAUGACGUCACAUGAGGGAUUUACAGUCAUGCCUCCGUUUGAGUGUUCAUCUGUAGACAAACCCCUCAGUCAACAGAGCUGCAUCAUCAGAACCUGCGCAGACACCUGGUACCACACAGACUGGAGCCCUUGCUCAAAGUCAUGUGAUGGUGGUUAUCGUGUGCGAGAGGUUCGCUGUGUCUCUGAUCACAUGAUCAUCAGUGACAGAUGUGAUGAAGAAUCAAAGCCACAUGACAGAGAGAUGUGUAACCCCGAGCCCUGCCUUCCUCUCAUUGAUGAGAAGUGCAGAGACAAAUAUUUAAAGUGUAAUGUGGUGGUGCAGGCGCGUCUCUGUGUGUAUGAUUAUUAUCAGACGGUGUGUUGUGCGUCCUGCACACGUGUGACACACAAGAAGUCUGGACACUGGAGACACAGAUAGUCAUCAUCACUGUGAGACGUUCAUGAGAUCUGAGCAUCAUCACUGCUCAUGUGUGGAUGCUGCAGAGGACACAGAUCUGAAGAAGAUGUGCAGAAGGACCCUCACUGAUCUCCAGUCAGUUCAUGUGACACACUG